AUGCCUCCAGCACCCCCAGCUGGUUUCGCCGGAGCUCCACCUCCGCCCGCACCUGGGCCCGGCCCAGGUGCAGCAGCAGCAGCGGUGCCCCCACCAGUACCCCAACUAGUCCCCGCCCAACGCAGCAUCCACCAGCAAAUGGCCGACUACCACAACUACUGGUUCGUCCCCCCCGGGCCAAACGGCGAGGAGGGCCCCCGGUUGCCCCCCGUCUUCACAUACUUCCCCCCGCCCCAGCCCCAGAGCUACUUCAACACGCUCUGCCGCCAGUCCGAGUACCUGCUCGCGCGCGAGCGCACACAGUGCCUCGACGCGCUCAUGCGGCCCGUCCGCAUGUCCACGGCGCUGCGGACGCGCAUCCCGCAGCGCUUCUUCGUGCGGCAGGCCGCGGGCACGCAGGUGAUGCUGCAGCCGCGGCUGGUGCGGUCGCUGCUUUCGAGCCACUAUGGCAGGAUGGAUAAGAUCUGUAGGGCAAAUAGGAGACUGAAUGAGGGUGUGGAGGCGGCGAGGAGGAGGCAGGAGAGGGUGCUGGUGGAGCUGUUGCCGCUGGUGUCGAGGCUGACUGAUGAUGGGGAGCUGGUGGCGGUUGUGGAUGGGAUGACGAGCCCGGUGAUAAGGAAGUUUAUGCCGAUGUGUGAGAGGAGUCAGUGCUAUUUGUGUAUGGAUGUGGGGAGGAGGGAUGAUGAUAAUCCGUAUGAUAGGCAUCCGUAG